GCUGGGCUGGGCAUCAAGACAUGAUAUACGUACAGGCGCAGAUGCCGCCUUUUAGAUCCGAGUCACGACGACGGGAGUGCCCAGUCUCGAGUCGGGCGAGGUCUUUCACAGCAGCAGCCAAACAUCAGCAGUCGCUCCUAUAUAUUUUUGGGGAAUUGUUUCGUGUGUGCUGUGUGUGGGGUAAAAAAGUGUCUAAAAGAAACAAAAAUAAAUUUCUGUUUAUCCAGCGGAGAUUUUUCGCCAUUUUUUGAAUUUGAUUUCAUUUUCCCGCCACACAUAGUGAUUAUUUCGGACACUUAAUUAUUACUUGAAAUUUGUCUCGAUGAUAUCGCUUCCGAAUUGCAGAAACAGCAGUGCUGCGAGGUGUUUUAUCCCAUCGGGCUCAAAAGUGAGUGGACAAGACGAGUUGCCAUCAGUGACAUGUACUAUAUCCUCAUCGCACAAUCGAUCGAAAUGAAAUAAGGAGCAAUUAAGGAGCCAUUCAAGUGGGUCAAACUCGUGCGGUGCUUUUCAGUUGAUGGUGAAUGUGUGGAUGGUCGUGCCGUGUGAAUUGUGUUCUCUGCCGUGUGCUGCGCUGUCUUCACAUGUAUGAAGUGCAAAGUGUUUCCGUGCUGACGACAAUUUGAAUCGCAAUAGAAUAAUAGAAAAUAUAGAACAAUUGAUUAUACACACUCGGAUUAAUUGCUGCAAUUCAAACGUUCAAAGAGAUUCUUAGAUAAUACGUUGACAAAAUCAAAAAGGGACUUUCAGAUGAUGUGCUGUGACGCCAGUGUCGUUCAAUCUCUAAGCAGCAGCAGUGCCGACAGUUGUUCUAUUCUAUUACGUUAUUAUUCCUCAUCAUCGACUUAUAAUCAUUCGCCUCUCGGCUGUUAGAUAUUUCGCGACUUAAAUAGAUGAUCAAAGGAGAGGGCCGACGUCAUUGGGUUGUUGGUCGUGUGUGACACAAUCGCUCCUCCUCUCUUUAUACUCUCCCUCCGGCCGGAUAUAUAAUAUUUCCAGUAUAUAGGAGAGUGAGAUCUGUCCUCCUAUUUACUUGGGUGUUGCAGCUCGCCCUGAUGUGUUUUGUGCUGAAGACGACGAGACUAGCUCUCAGCACAUCCUCCUUCAGCAGACGACGCCCUCGUCUUUUUAUCGAUAGCUAUAUUCCAGCAUCACGUAAUAAAACAAUCGAAUACGUCACCCUUUUCCCAGCAGCAGCAGCAGACAACGCCAGCACCCAAUGACGUCCAUCAGUUAACAGCCCCGAAAUUUUGGCACAAUUUUUAACUAGCCAGUGACGAAAUCACAAACUGCCAAAAUAAGAAUAACGAAAUAAGACACACAAGUUUUGUUGGUUGGAAAAUGAACAACAGCAGCACUCUAAUGGCUGUCUUGAUCUUCUUGAUAUUGGCCAUUUUGGAUCCGCAAUUGAGGCUCAUUAGCCAAUCGUCGUGUCAAGCUUCGCCCAGUUCGAUCCAGAACAACGUGACGGCCAUUCUGGACAAGCUGCAGCGCGGCUACGACAAACGCGUCCGACCUAAUUACGGUGGGCCACCGGUUGAAGUCGGCGUCACAAUGUUCAUCAUCUCCAUCAGUUCCGUCUCUGAAGUUCAAAUGGAUUUCACGACGGAUUUCUACUUCCGCCAGUACUGGAAGGACCCCCGCUUAGCGUUUGAUCGUCUGCCGGGCGUGGAGAGGAUCAUGGUGAGCACGGAAUACCUGAAAAACAUUUGGGUGCCGGACACGUUUUUCGCCAACGAGAAAUCCAGUUACCUGCACAUGGCGACGACGUCCAACGAGUUUCUGCGCAUCACCCAUCUCGGUGAAAUCAAUCGAAGCAUCAGGUUGACAAUCACGGCCUCCUGUCCGAUGAAUCUCCAAUACUUUCCAAUGGACCGUCAAUUAUGUUCCAUCGAGAUUGAAAGUUUUGGAUUCGCCAUGUCUGAAAUCACUUACCAUUGGCUGGGUGGUAAGAAGGCGGUGGACGUUUCACCUGACGUCCAGCUGCCGCAGUUUCACGUGCUGGGCUAUCGGCAGGGUUACCGAGUCGAGAUGUUAACCACAGGCAACUAUUCGCGAAUGUCGCUGGAGAUCCAGUUCGUGCGCUCGAUGGGCUACUACCUGAUCCAGAUUUACAUUCCGUCCGGUUUGAUUGUCAUCAUCUCGUGGGUUUCCUUCUGGCUCAACAGGCAAGCCACGCCAGCUCGGGUUUCGCUCGGCGUCACCACCGUCCUGACCAUGACGACGCUCAUGUCCUCCACCAACGCUGCCUUGCCAAAGAUUUCCUACGUCAAGUCCAUCGACAUCUUCCUCGGCACCUGUUUCGUCAUGGUCUUUGCCUCUCUCCUCGAGUACGCGACGGUGGGCUACGUGGAGAAGCGGAUCCGGCUGCGCAAGACCCAAUACCAAAUGAUGCAAAAGUUGGUGGAGAGUCGGAAAAAGACGGUGACGGUGGCCUUAGACUCUGCGGAGAUGGAACACGCUCCCAGACAGACGGAGGUGCGAUUCCUGAUGGGUCCGCACGGGAAGGCGAUGCCGAUCCACGAGACGUCGUCGUCUGGCCAGCAGCACCCGAUGAUGCCGCCGUCGGCUGUGGGCUGCCAGGCGAUGGUCAACAACAGCAGUGGCGGCGGCGCCAUGAUCAUCAACGGUCCGAGGAUCGACGAGGAGGCGACGGCCGUCAUGAUCCCGCCGGGCAAGGAUCUCAACAAACUCUACGGGUUCACGCCGUCCGACAUUGACAAGUACUCGCGGGUCGUCUUUCCCGUCUGCUUCAUCUGCUUCAAUCUCAUGUACUGGAUCAUCUACUUGCAUAUCUCCGACGUCGUGGCAGACGAUCUCGAAUUCAUCAACCGCGGUUGAUGCUGUAAUAUCCUGAUAAUAAUAAUAAUAUCGAUUAUUAUUAUUAUAUAAUAUCAUAUAUAGAAAAGCGGCCGACCCAUCAAAGUGAAAGGAAAAACUCUUCUCUGUGUGUGCUGUGUGUAAUCACGUGCUGCUAAAAGAUCAAACGACAUCAAUAACUGCACCAGAUAUUAUAUUAUAGACACAAUUGCUGUCUAUAUAUCUAUUACAAAACUGUGCCGUCUUAUAUAAUCAAUAUUAUAUAUGUACAAGUGCUGUGUGUGUGUGUUUCGAUCGAGUUUUGAUUCCCAAUCAGCUCGUCUUCGUAUAAAGACAAGAAAAGUGGGAAAUCUUGUUGAGAGAUAUAAUAUAUCUGAUCGAUUUCUGUGCUGUGUGUGCUUAUAGUUGCGAUCUCUCUUCUCCAUCAUCAUCCAUAGCAUUCUUUUAUAUAUCUCCUUUAUUUUCUUCGGCAGGGGGGAGUUAUAUAAGAAGAAAAAGAGCUACACUAUUAUAUAUAUAUUGCUUUGUCGAUCAUCUCAUCCUCGCUCUUUUAUUUUUAGCUCACACACAAGGAUCGGGCGCCAGCAGCACAGCAGCGUUCGAUCAAACUCUUUCCGAUUGCUCACCAGCAGGGCCCCCCUUUUCUCUCUCUCUCUACAACACAUCACCAAUCGAUCGCCCGCGUUUUUCCAUCACACCCAAAUCGAGUUGUUUUCUCCUGCAGCAUGUAUACAUCGUCAAAAGAGCCAAUUCUUCUUCAUAUAUCCUCUCUCCGCGGGCGUUUUUCUCUCUUUUUUUGUGAUUCCAUUUUCUUGUACACAUGACAUUCUUUUGUCAAUCGAUUCUCUCUCUCUUAUAUUCGCCGACGAUGAUGCCAUUGUCUCCCUUUUCUAUUCCGACACACAAGUGGAUGAUCGCUGUGUGCUGCUAGCGGGGGCGAUCGAAAUAACAACAACACGCAGUUGAACCUUCGACCUUUUGACAUUUUCUAUUAUAUAGACCAGCAUCGCCCAGCAUCAAUGCUAAGGCUUUGAUCUCUAUUCUUUUCGCAGUUGGCUUCUUUACAAAACAACAAACCCAGACAUUCCAGCACACACAUAUAAGACAAAAAAAGAAAUCAAUAAAUUAUAUAAAUUGACCUAUUAUUACAUAAUGUUGUAUAUAAAUAUCAUAUAAUGCAUCCGCUAUAUAUUAUACGCUGUACAAUGGUUGCUGCUGUUGAAACACACAAGUUCUUGAUCAAUUUCGAUUCGAAGAAAUCGAUAAAUGUCUCCAAGUUCGGACGAUACGUGGUCGCGCGAUUUACAUAUUCUAUAUAUAAUAUCGAUCUUAAUAUAUAAAUAUAUCUAUUGUGGCGCUAUAUACGAAAUGUAUUCUUAUCAUUUAAAAGAAACCCCUUUUUUCUUUUGGCGAAUAUAGCUAUUUUGUACAUAUGUUACUACAUCACCACGACUUAUAUAAUAUACACACUCCCCCGUCCCGAUUAAAUUAUUCCUUUUUGAUACGACGAUUAUAUUAUAUUAUACACACAACACGGCAGACAAAUUGUAUAAAAUUCUAUUGAAUGUAUAAAACUAUCGUGGGUGGCGUCAUUCUCUUUCUCUAAUAAGGUCAAAGGAUGUUUUAAAAAAGGAAAAAGAUUUUGUUUUUUAUUUUUUAAUUUAUAUAUACGUCCAUGCUCAAAAAUCAUUAUCUGUAAAACACACGAACCUCCCCUCCCCCUUCUUUGACAUAUUCGCCCACACCUGCUGCUGAUUGUGUAAAACUGAAAAUGUCAAAAUAAGGAAUAACGAAAAAAAAAAGAAAAUAAGAAAAAAUAUAAAAAUUAUCCAUGCACAAUUAUGUAAAACACUCCAAUCGUCUCGACUCUCUCCCAUAUGCUCACAUUUUUUAAGAAUUAUAAUUUUUCCAGAAAAUCGAAAGAAAAAACGACAAAAUUAUAUUUGUGUUUUAAAUUGAUUACUAUUUAAUUAUAUUAUAUAUAUUACGCGUUCGUGCUGCGUCUGCUGUGCUGCUGUGGUGGUUGUGCAUGGGAUCUAUUUUUAUGUUGAUGUUUUUCUUGAUUUUAUUACGUCUAAUUAUGUUGUGAUCGUUUCAAUGUUAUAUUACAAAACACACACAAUUAUAUAUCGUUUGCGUGGAUGUUGUGUAUAAUUGUCUGACAUAUGUAAUAUGUUUUGUUAUGUAUCCUUUGUAAAACCACGAAUAUUAAACCACACUUUGCGAGGCUCCCCCAUGAUCUCUCUCUCAAAUAAAUCCCCCCUCCCCUUUUAAAAUAAUUAUAAUAUACAUGCAUAAAUCUAUAUCUAUAUUCUUAAUUUUCCAAAUAAGAAUAUAAUUCUAAAAAACCAAAAAUUUUAAAUUAUUAACGAUCUCCCUGAUUUAUGUUUUAUAAUUUUCGGUUUUCUAUUCAUUUGAUCUCGUUUGUACACACCUUUUUCAUUGAUAUAUAGGCGUGUAUGACAUCUUUCCCUGUUUGAAGAUGUUUAUUCGCUGGCCUAUGUAUUAUAUAAUCUUGUUAUAAAAAAACAAAUAAUUUCCAAACACACAAGUUAAAUAAAUAUACAAAUCAACACGUUUAUAUAUUGUUCAUUCACAUACCUUUACAUAGGCCUCCCUAUUUCUUAUCCCCCCUCCCAACAACAAAAAAACCCAUCAAAUUAAUUGUAUUAACCAACAAAAGGCGCAGCAGCACAUUAUAUAAUAAUAAUAAUACCCGCAGAAAAUGAUAAAAACUAAUAUAUAUUAUUGUACAUGCUGCAUAAUUCAUUAUUCAUUUACAUAUUCUAUAUACUUGUAUCAUGAUAUGACGUGGACUCUUGCUUUCAAUAUAAACGCACCGAAACCAAACCGCAGAAAUAAUUUCUAAUAAAAAUCGAUAAAAAUAUCUAUUA